AUGACCGUCCGCAGGAUAAGCGCGUCCGUUCGCGCCCAUGCUGGGGAUGAUGAUAUCUUUACGACUCAAAACCACACUCGGACGCUUCGUCGCCGUUCAAGUCGCUUGUCAAAAUGGUUGGAGGAGUUACGGGUUGGCUCCUCCACCGUUCAGCGACCAGAUGGCACCGAGAAUUCUACUGAUGCGGAAAACGUUGGAACUGAGUGUAAUCCUUACUUGGCGUAUCCUCACCUCAGUCUGGCAACUGUUCGUAGAAGCAUGGAUGAUGCUACUAGCAUGCACGAUUAUGUCGUAGUUGAUGACGGCGACAUGCAAGAAUAUAAUCCCCCUGAGGAGCCCGUGGAAUUAGAGGUGCCACUUGCAGAUAGUGCUGGUACAUGUCAUCAAUCGACCAUAUGGCUCAAUACCCCUCCAUCUCGACAUCAAUUUCGUCUAUCAGUUAGAUCUCCUUCACCGGCUGCAUCAUCAGCAUCUCCCAGUCCGUCACGCCUGUCAAUGUUUCAACGCUCCUCCCGUGCCACUUCUAACUCGGAGGCGAGCAAUCCUCAUGACCACAGUCGCUCUUCCAGCCUUCACACGUCACACCUUGUAACCGAAGCUCGAUCGGAGGAACGUUGUACACGUUCAAGCCCUUCAUCGUGGCGGUGGCGACCGAGUGUAUUGGGGCAUUUCGUGUCCCUCUCUGAUGGCGAUGCACGCUCCAGUACCCGUGACUCCCCAGGUAGUUCUUCCCGCCCCAGCAUGUCCUCAACUACCACAAGUUCCUCGUACGCAGCUCCAUCUACCAAUCUGAUAUAUGAGGAUGGAACAUCGCUUGUACCCCCUUCGACGCCUCAGAAGUCACAUUUCUUUGGAUCUUUGAGGUCGCGUUCUCACAAGGCUGUGACCUCUUCACUGUCGCUUUUCACCACUGAAACAAGUUCCUCAUUCCCGGCGUCAUUCUCGUUACCAGCAUCUGAACCGCAGCACUCUCAGCCGCCAGGCUUUCCAAGCUCCUUGGCGCGGAAGUCGAGUACAAUUCGGCUACCCUUCUCGCCAAAGUCGAGGGCCCUGAAUAGUGCCCUUCCAAAUAUAUUCGUGGAAGCGCCAGACGUUACGCGACCGCGCAUCGUGUACACCGGCAAAAGCCACGCCCCCAGAGUUUCUUUAUCUUCGAUCGCUAGCCAGUCACGAAGCACGAAGAAGAAGUUAGUCAUCGGUGGCAUCGCACCGAAUGACGUUAAACGUCUUGAGGCCGUUCAAAAGUGGUGCCAGUCAUUUGGCGAAGUGGAUCAAAUCACGAGGAUGCCUAAUGGCGAUCUCCAUGUGAACUUCCACAAGGCUGAAGUUGCAGAUACUGUGUGUCGUCUGCGUGCCAAAGUCUACAUUGCGGGUGUCGGCAGCGUACAUCUUUCUUGGUAUUCUGGAAAUAAACGACCAUAG